UCUUUUCUGGAAAGGACUCUUAAAACAUACCAAAAUAUGAAAAGAAUCUCUAAUCUUUUUUUCUCUACCUGCACACACUUACUGCACAACAAAGAGCUGCUCAGGUACCUCGAGGAGAGCAAGUUUGACGCUGUCUUCACAGAUCCUAUAAUACCCUGCGGGCAGAUACUGGCCGAGCAUCUUUCACUCCCUUCUGUGUUCUUUUUUCACCAAAUGCCAUGUGGUUUGGAUUUUGAAGGCACUCAGUGUCCCAAUCCCCCUUCUUACGUCCCCAGGGUAUUCACAGGCCAUACAGACCACAUGAACUUCCUCCAGCGGGUGAAGAACCUAAUCCUUGACAUCCCAAAUAAUUUCCUCUGUCAUUUUGUCAACCCUCCACAACUGGCUUCUGGGUUCCUCCAGCGGGACGUGACUGUGCCAGAUCUCUUACGCCACGGCUCUGUUUGGCUCGCAAAGCUCGACUUUGUUUUACACUAUCCAAGACCUUUGAUGCCCAACAUGAUUUUCAUUGGAGGAGUAAACUGCGCUCACAAGAAGCUUCCUCAGGUGGGUGAUGCUCUG